ACAAGGGUCAAAUUUAAAGAUAUACGUUAGGAGACUCUUCACAAAUGUUUCAACGUUACCGACACGUAACCAGAGUUCACCGAACACCGUCCUUCACGUUUUGUUUAUAAAACAAGAGAUAGUCUCGGGUUUGAGUAAAGAUGGAGAACAAGGCCGAUAAUGGAAACGAGGAUGGUCCAAUGGUACAUAGCCAAGUGGUGAAGAUAAAGAAAGAGUUUGAGAAGAUAAGACAACCGUCCCUGCAGCAGCCGGAGAUGAGGAGGGUUCUUAGCGAGAUUAAAAGGCGUCAACGUUCACGUUCUCCUCUUGGUUUAGGGGAGAGAUCUAUUUCCGUUGGAUAUUGAUCCAUGGUUGUUGACUUUGUAAUAUCGAGAGAGAGGUUAAAAAAAAAAAAAAGAAGAGAGGGGUAUAGACGUAUAGUAGAUGUGGUUUCUAAAAGUUAGUUGACAGGUUUUGUUGUAUAUAUUUUGCUAUGUAAAUACUCUUUGGUAUGAAUAUGAUGGAUACGUUUCCCCUCUUUGUAUA